AUGCUCGCGUUCCGGUUCACCGAUUUCACUCGGUUCCAGCCCCAGCAUACUUGUACUCCAGGUGCUAUUUCUCAAACCUUCCGUAGCACGUACAAAGUCGCCUCAUCUACAAAGUGCCUAGACUCUGUUUGCGAAUAUUCGUCAUUACCUUCCCGCAUCAUCUCCUCGAUUAAGCCCGUGUACCCUCAGCAAACUGUGAGCAUCUAUUUCUGGUCGUCUGCUGCCCAUUUGAUCACAAUGCUCGAUUUCCGUGACCCAAUCCCUCUCCCUAGUCACGUGAAACUUCAGCCCUCCAAAGUUGAAGUUGUUUAUUCGAGCCGACUGCACUCAUUGGCAACGUCUUCGCUUUAUUUUCGAAACCUCUUCUUCCUUGCGAUCCCUUUUCCUCUGGUUUAA